GAGGCGCGGACCGGCGGAGGGCGGAGCGGGAGCGCUUCCGGCGGCGGUGGCGGCUCGCAGCCCCUGAAGCACCAUGCGUGUGAGACAGCACUGUGCACCCAGCAGAGAGGAGCCCACAGCUCAGACAGGAAGACCUCAGCUGACCUGAAACCAGCUCCCCACGUCCCUCUGCUCUCUGGUCUGUGUCUGAGGGGAGAAGCUGUCACUGUCCCUGCAGAGAAGGCCAGAGGUUCCAAUAGUGUGGGGGAGUCCAGGGGUAGUGUGACACUGGUCGCCUCCCCCGCAGAGAGGCCCAGGAGCUGCCACGUUACUAGAAGCCUGGAAGACGAGGGACAGCUGAGGCAAGAGGUUGCUGGAACUAGAGGGGGGAACAGAGGAGGAACUGUGGCUCCUGGUGGCCCAGGAUAUCAGCAGAACGAAUCGAAGAAGAGUGGAGAGAGAAACUGAGCGGGGAGAAGGACUGAGAGGAAAGGAGGAGAGGCAGCAAGCCCACCAGGAUCUGCCCGGGUGCGUUUCCCCCGGCCACCGGGACAAGCCACCCCGCACAUGGCCUCCAAGCAGGCUGCCGGGAGGAGCCCCGGGGAGAAGCGCAAGAGGGUGGUGCUGACCCUGAAGGAGAAGAUCGACAUCUGCACGCGCCUGGAGAAGGGGGAGAGCAGGAAGGCGCUGAUGCAGGAGUACAACGUGGGCAUGUCCACCCUGUACGACAUCAAGGCCCACAAGGCCCAGCUGCUCCGCUUCUUCGCCAACUCCGACUCCAACAAGGCCCUGGAGCACCGGCGCACCCUGCACACGCCCAAGCUGGAGCACCUCGACCGCGUCCUGUACGAGUGGUUCCUGGUGAAGCGCGCCGAGGGCGUGCCCGUCUCCGGUCCCAUGCUCAUUGAGAAGGCCAAGGACUUCUACGAGCAAAUGCAGUUAACCGAGCCCUGCGUGUUUUCUGGCGGGUGGCUUUGGCGUUUUAAGGCCAGACACGGCAUUAAAAAGCUGGACGCGUCCAGCGAAAAGCAGAUGGCUGACCACCAAGCGGCCGAGCAGUUCUGUGGGUUUUUCCGGAGCUUAACUGCUGAGCACGGCCUGUCCCCUGAGCAGGUCUACAACGCAGAUGAGACCGGCCUAUUCUGGCGGUGCUUGCCAAACCCCACCUUGGAAGGCGGGGCUGCACCCAGCACCAAGCAGAACAAGGACAGGCUGACUGUCCUUAUGUGUGCCAAUGCCACGGGCUCCCAUAAGAUCAAGCCCCUGGUGAUCGGGAAGGGCAGCGGCCCCAGGGCUUUCCGAGGCAUCCAGCACCUGCCUGUGGCAUACAAGGCCCAGGGGAACGCAUGGGUGGACAGGGAGAUUUUUUCCGAUUGGUUCCGUCACAUCUUUGCGCCCUCGGUGAAAGAGCACUUCAGGACCCUGGGCUUGCCCGAAGACAGCAAAGCCAUCCUCCUGCUGGACGGCUCCCGGGCCCACCCGCAGGAGUCCGAGUUGGUUUCCGAUAACAUCUUCACCAUCUUCCUGCCCGCCGGCGUGACCUCCUUGAUCCAACCCAUGGACCAGGGCAUUCGGAGGGAUUUCAUGAGGCAUUUCAUCAAUCCCCCACUCACGCUUCAGGGCUUCCAGCCCCGUUACAACGUGAAUGACGCCAUUGUCAACGUGGCCUGUGCCUGGAACGCCGUGCCCAGCGACGUAUUUGGCCGCGCCUGGGGGAAGCUGUGGCCUACAGGGACACUGGCCGAAGGCUCGUCUUCUGAGGAAGAGCCCGAGCGCCUCAGAACUAAGCCUCAUGCCCAGACCUUUGCCCACGUCCUGGAGCCAGGCAGCAGGCUUCCCCGGGGUGCAGCCGCCGCUCAGGGCGGGCCUGCACAGGUGGCUGGAGAGGGGCGACCCGCUGUUGCAGGCCCAGCUCUGGCCGUGGGGAGUCCGGAGCAGGCCGAGGAGGAGGGCGAGGAGGCGGCCUGGGAGCAGGCGGCCGUGUCCUUUGACGCGCUCGUGCGCUUUGCGGAGAGGCAGCCCUGUUUCACGGCGCAGGAGGCCGGGCAGCUGCGUGCGCUGCGCUCCGUCUUUGUGCGGCAGCGCCAGGAGAAGCGGCGACCACCAGCUCCUGGUGCCAUGGUCAAGCUCGAGGUCCCCCAGGACAUGGCCUGCUCCUCCACGGCGGGCAAGAACUGACCGCCGGCGCCCUCCACGGCGCAGUGUGCUGCAGGGCCCGCGCGAGCGGGAGCUUCCCCACGAAGGUGGGCGUUGCCCUGGGCGGUCUCCUUACUCGGGACAGCCCCAUCCCCCACAUUGCAGUUAACCCAGGUGUCACAGUGAUACCUGGCCUGUCUGGUGAAUGGGAGGAGAUGUUCUGGAAGGGCCCACCCAAACCUAAAAAACAUACCAGAGCCUCCUAUGGCUGGAUCCCAGCGCCAGGUUGGGCAGUGUUCACUGGCUGAGCCUUGCUGUGUCCGAGGGUGGAGAUGUCUGUCCGUCUAUCUGUCCUAGAGGAGACAAGGAGAAAAGCUGACCCUCAGGCCAAUUGAUGUGAUGGCAGUACAUGCCACCACUUGACAGGGCUGGCGUUUUCCAGGGCCGCCUCUCCCCCCACUCGGGGCUCGGUCUGCUGGUCUGGCGUCCAUGUCUGUGUUACAUAGUCCUAGCGGGCAAGGGCCAGGACUCACUUUAUGACCUCGGGUCAGUGUAGUCCCCUGCUCCUGGCUUUACAGGCAACCUGUCAUCUCCUGUUCACAUGUCCCCACCUCAGAUGUGGUCUCACUUAGCAGCACAAGUCUCUCCUGGAAGUUCCUCCACAUUGCCAGCAGAUCCGCCUCUCGGGGCUCACACCCCAGGGUGUGGUGGGCCGCCUGCUGGCCUGACCUGAUAGAGUCGCUUCCCGUAAAGUGGGUCGCCCUGAUGGAGGGCCCCAGGCACUGCCGGUAUUUCCCGAGUCGUGGCUCAGAGUCCAGUGUAUGGUCCGCUCUACCACAUUCCCCGGAAUUUCACGUUUACGGCGUUUACACAAACAAAUCUUGAUCAGGCAUUUGGAAAUCAGUCUUAGGUAUGCAUGUGCCCAACAGAAAUGGCGAAGUAAGCUGCCAGAGUUCUAGCAGGAUUUGGACUUUCAUUUGCAGCUGUUUACGGCUUACUCACAGGGACAAGCUGGCUAUCCUGGUGGGUUUGCAAAGGCCGGUCCUAGGAAGACACGAUGCUUCCUCACCCGCCUGGAGCCGUGACCACAGGAGGCCCUGUUGUCGUGGUCACCCUCCUCGAACGUACCUGAGUUGGGUGUAUUUUUCUGUGUUCUUUUCACCGCCUUACCCUUGAAUUCCACCCCCUUCUUGAGUUCACGUCACGGCAGCUGAUUGGGCCUAUUGUUUUAUUCUGUUCGCUGUUAUUCUGCCAAGAGACCUUUGUUCCCAUGAGAGCCGAGGGCACUCGGGUUUGGUUUGCAGCCCGGUUCUCUUGUCUUUCUCCAUCUUUCCACACACUGGGGUGCUGGCCACGGCUGCCGUGGCACUGUGCCGUGGAGCGCCUGUGUUCCUGCUUCCAGUGAAUGUGUGCAGACGGUGGAGGAGGCACGGGCCGGUUUAUAAGUCUCGUCUCCUUCACUGUCUGGGUGACAUCUGUGCACUGUGUACUUCUGUGCCACUUCGGGACUCAUGUCCCCCUGCUGUUGAAUUGCAGCUGCUUGAGGUGUCACAGGGAGUUAGAUGUCAGAGUCGUGGGAGAGGCUGCCCUCGGUGGUGGCAGCAUGGAGUGGCGGAUGGACGUGCUGAGGAGCUGCCCCCCACGGUCAGCCCCUGAGCCCACCCCAGCAGUUUUCGAGCAGUAGGACUUUGCUGGGUGGAGGGAGCCAGGGGAAGGGUUCCUGGCUGGCUCUCCUAGGUCCCCUGUGGACCGUUUGUUCUGAUCAGACUGUAGACCCCAGGCUGGAUGCUUGUCGUGACCUCACGACCUGCCCCUGUCCUGGCUAUGUUGUGGCCGAUCAAUAAACACUUGUCCACGGCCA